ACGAAUAUACUCUCUACACGUAUCGAAUGCUUCCCAGCACUCAACUAAAAAUUUGCAUCGAAAACUCCGUCACUCACUGCCAAUCGAUUCAUAUAUAAACCAUCACUCACACGGAUACUUGUUGCUAUCACUACUGACAGCAAAGCAGAACAAGAAAUCUCUCUGACUGCACGAAGAACCGAGAAGCAAAGAUGGGAUUGAAGGAAGAGUUUGAGGAGUAUGCUGAGAAAGCCAAGACCUUGCCUGAGAAUACCACCAAUGAGAACAAACUAAUUCUCUAUGGACUGUUCAAGCAAGCCACAGUUGGAAAUGUUAACACAAGCCGUCCUGGUAUCUUUAACAUGAGGGAUAGAGCAAAGUGGGAUGCUUGGAAGACUGUUGAAGGAAAAUCCCAGGAGGAAGCGAUGAGCGAUUAUAUCACUAAGGUGAAGCAGUUGCUGGAAGAAGCUUCUGCUUCAAGCUGAUUGCAACUUCAAUUUAAUUAUCAUUAGUGAGUGACUUGCUUGUACCAGAAGUUUGAAACAAAAAAAUGCGACAACCUAUGAUCUGUGUGGUUUUUAAUUUUUAUAGUCUGCGUGUUUUGGCUGUUCCUUUAUGCUUGAAUUCAACGGGGUUGUAUCGUUCUAGAAUACUACAAUUAUGAUGGUUAUGUUCUGUUUUCAGGUCAUUUUGAUAUUAACUGGUAAUAUCCAAACGGAGUCAGUGUUUCCAAUUGCUGCAUUCUUACAAUGGUGAAUCAAGAUUGAGUA